AUGGAUCCGAAUAUUGCCUUGUCGCAUGCCUCCCUCAUCGCCAGAGCGGACAGUUCAGGCCGUCCCCCGAUUUACAAGGCCGUCGGUAUCUCGCUCGCUGUCGCAUCUGGCGUCUUUAUAGGAAUCUCGUUCGUUAUCAAGAAGAUCGGUCUACUGAAAGCCAACGUGAAAUAUAACGAGGAGGCCGGCGAAGGAUAUGGAUACUUGAAAAACUUCUGGUGGUGGCUGGGCAUGACGCUCAUGAUCGUGGGAGAGAUCUGCAAUUUCGUCGCGUAUGCAUUCGUCGACGCAAUUCUGGUCACACCGCUGGGUGCGCUGUCCGUUGUGAUUACAACUAUUCUGUCGGCGAUCUUCCUGAAAGAGCGACUCAGCUUCGUGGGCAAGGUGGGCUGUUUCUGCUGCAUUAUUGGCUCCGUCACCAUUGCUAUGAAUGCUCCUGAGCAGUCGUCUGUUGAGGAUAUUCAGGGCAUGCAGCACUUUGUUAUUCAGCCUGGGUUUUUGGUUUAUGCUGGGUUGAUCAUUAUCGGGGCCAUCUUUACGGCGCUUUGGGCGGGCCCGCGGUAUGGAAAGACGAGCAUGUUUGUCUAUAUCAGUAUUUGCAGUAUGGUUGGUGGUCUGAGUGUUGUUGCUACUCAGGGACUGGGCUCUGCGAUUUUGGCGCAAAUCAAUGGCGAGGAACAGUUCAAGCAUUGGUUCCUUUAUGUCUUGUUCGUCUUUGUGAUUGGAACGCUUUUGACGGAGAUCAUCUAUCUCAACAAAGCGCUCAACCUUUUCAAUGCUGCCUUGGUCACUCCUACUUACUAUGUCAUGUUCACUACUGCGACCAUCGUCACUUCUGCCAUUUUGUUCAAGGGCUUCAAGGGCACAGCCGUGCAAAUCACAACCGUGAUCAUUGGUUUCCUUCAAAUUUGUGCCGGGGUGGUCCUUCUGCAGCUCUCCAAGUCCGCCAAGGACGUACCCGACGCUGCCGUUUUCAAGGGCGAUUUGGACCAAAUCCGUGAAGUGGCCACCGUCGAGGAGCCCGAAUCUGAACCCAAGGCAGACUCAAUUCGCGGAGCUGCGUCCAUCAUACGUCGUAUUUCGACCGCUCGUCGGACUAUGGAGACAGACGAGGCUCGGCGCUUCUUCCACGACAAACAUGAAGAUACCCUGAAGCCACCUGGUGAACAUGAAAUCAUUGAGUGGGAUGGUCUGCGCCGGCGCAAAACUGUUGUCGGCGAGGGCCCGACUAUGUCACGUCCUAUCACCCCACGCACACCGUCUGUCAGGCAACAGCACCCACCAUGGGGCAUGUCUCACUUCCCCGAGGCCGAGGAGGAUGUUCGACCGGAUACCAAGCAAAGUAACCAUUCAUUCAUGGAUAGCAUUCGGUCUCGGGCGGCCAGUGUACUGCAUCCAUCCUGGAAGCCUGUGAACUCAGACGACCCCAGGGCUCUUGACUCAAACACAGAGCCGGUAGGCUUGACGGCACUGCCUCAGCGAGGCAAUAAUGAUACUGGAUAUCACGGGGCCGGAGGCCUAGAAGACAAUACACAUGGAAAUCCUCAGCGAAAUGACAGCCGGCGAUCUGUCUCCUGGAAAGACGAAAAAGGCGACAACCUCAACCCCGAACCACAAGCACGCCGCCAGUUCUCUUUUAACAACGUGGUGAACCGCAUGAAAUCAGGCAGUGAAUCUUCCGUCAAGCAACCCCCCGGCUCACCACGAGGAAUCCUCCGACGCACCUACCACGCCGACCUCCGCAAAUCCGCCACAGAAGAGGAGUCCCUCGGUCUGGUACACGGCGACAGUCGUACCACCCAACCAGAAGACGAGCCACUCAACGAGAAGAUCGAACGCUGGUCAAGCAGCGAGUCGGACCUCGGUGAGCCUCAACCCCUCUUCACCAGGCCCCACGGAGCAUCCGUCUCCAGCAUGUCGACUGCCGCAUUCCCCGCCUAUGAAGACAACCACCACGACUUCGAUUCAAACCCUUACUACGUGAAUCAAACUUCUGACCACGACUGGCAAACUUCCGGAAGAAAUCGUACACGCUCUAAUUCUUCCGCUCACAACCGUGCCCCUCCUCCUGCUCAGUCGUCUUUCUCUACGCACCGCUAUCCAAACCCCCUCCCGCCACUGCCUGAUAUCACACCUACCACCACGCUGGAUCUCAUGCCCACGAUAACGAACUCGGGUAUGAGAAACGUCUCCGAUGAUUCGGGGACUGCCGUGACCUCGUUAUCGGAGGAUACGGAGUCUCAGGACCUGCCGCCUCCGACGAGGCGACAGAGCGGGUGGCGCAGACACAUGUCGAAUGAUAGUCGUGAUCAGGAAUAUCGCGAGCGAGGUUCCUUCCGAUGA